CUUCCUUGGAUACCACGAAAACAACACACAUUCUAAUAUAAUGUAAUGGAAAGCGUCGAAAUAACGCAGUAAAUCGUUCACACGUCUUCGUUCCAGUACCUGAAAUAUAUAUCAACAAGAAGAUGGGUCUGCUUGCUAUUUUACGGAAAUUACGAGCAAAUCCUGAUAAAGAGCUACGAUUGUUGCUGUUGGGUCUGGACAAUGCCGGAAAGACGACUAUCUUGAAAUCUUUGGCAAGCGAAGAUAUCACGCAGGUGACUCCAACACAAGGUUUUAAUAUAAAAAGUGUUCAGAGCGAGGGUUUCAAAUUGAACGUUUGGGAUAUCGGUGGAGCUAGAAAAAUUCGACCUUAUUGGCGAAAUUAUUUCGAAAACACGGAUGUACUCAUUUACGUCGUUGAUAGUGCGGAUAUCAAAAGGCUGGAGGAAACGGGACAGGAAUUGUCAGAACUUCUACUAGAAGAAAAGCUACGCGGAGUGCCAUUGUUAGUAUAUGCGAAUAAACAAGACCUGGGACACGCCGUGACGGCAGCCGAAAUAGCAGAGGGACUUGGUUUACACAAUAUUAAGGAUCGUGAUUGGCAAAUACAAUCGUGCAUCGCUACCGAGGGCAAGGGCGUGAAGGAAGGUUUAGAGUGGGCAUGCAAGAACAUUAAAAGGAAGUAGUAAGCACGCCGGAGAAGUCGAGAGACUCGGUUGACGUUUAUGCCACAUUAGGGCGCACGAAAGGAACAGGUUUACACCAUUCCCCAUUGUACAUUUCACACAUGAUCUUUAUUUAUCUUUUAACUACUAUUUACAAAAAGUUAUUGAGAACAUUGUUGUGGAUUCGGUAUGAACGUACGAAUGUCGAACGUGGGUCUCAUCGAACCAGUCGUCAAUCCGUCAUAUCGAACGUAUUCAGUUGUCGGACUUCCGUCCAUUUCGGACUCGAGAAGUUCUAUUUUUCGCAUAAUAGCGAGUCCAUAAAUUAUAUACUGCAAACUAACGUGCCUUCUUGAUGUUUUAACUUAUAGAUUUAGAAUUUUUAUAGAUUCAUCUAGUAAGAAGUAAUAAAGAGAUGGAAAAAGAGGAAA